AUGGUAGGAAUGCCAUAUGCUUUUGCUUCACCUAUUCACGAGGUAUAUUAAAUUUCAAAAGUUGUUCCUACCUUGAUUAUUCUUGCAAAUUUUACCGAUUCAGACAAUUGUUUUAAUGUAUUCAUCUAUCAAAGUUUAAUUAAUUUAAGUCAUGCUACUUCCAUCUCGCUUCCAGUUUGUUGAAUGUGAAAACAAGGCCACUGUCUUGUUAUAAAGUUAUUCUUAUUUUUAUUGCUAUUAUUACAAAUAUUAUCAUCAUCAACAUCAUUAUCAUCGACAUGAUCAUCUUCAUCAUCAUCAUCAUCAUCAUCAUCAUCAUAAUCGUAAUCAUCAUAAUCGUAAUCAUCAUAAUCAUCGUCAUUACUAUUAUCAACAUUUCCUUUUUUCUUCCUGUAAAUACCCUGUAGAUUUUCAUUAAUUCGGAAUACCAUUUACCAACUACACUUCUUCAUAAUUCUGCAAAAUUAUGCAAUGCAAUAUUUGCCAUCAUGUUUAUUAAUUAUGUUACAAUGCUAUUAUGAUCUUAUUCUGCACCCUUCUCUGCAAAACAUUUGGUGCAAUACUGCAUAAUUCAUAGCUUAAUGCUCUCUUGUCUUCAUACUUAACAUGCAUAUUACACGCAAGAUAUUUAAUUUAUUAUAAAUAAUUUUCUUUUCCUCUCUUUAAAGGAAAGCUACUAUGUGACGACGAAUAACCCCCGUACUUCGAAAUUAAUUUUAAAAGUUGUGAGUAGUAGUGUGACACCUGAAUACGGCAACUCGUAUACGAAUCUCGAAUACAGGCAGCAAUGUUGUCCCAACAUUUGGGUGUUUAUGAACAACAGUUGGAAAUCUUUGUACGGUGCCUCUGGUUCUUACGCCCCAAGUUACGAUUCUACAUUCGCUAAUCUGACGAAUGAGAGAACAGACUUAAUGUAUCAAACAUACGGUGAUGAAAUUGCUGUACAAUACGCAGAUUUCAUAUUAGACUUUGCUAAAGAUUGUGAUGAUAUAUUAACUGUGUUCCAUGAUCCGUUGGUCAUUCUGACAGGAGGAGAUUAUAGAAAGACAAAGAAAUUCCUCGAAGGAAAUCGUAGACUCAAAGAGGAAGAAGAGAAGGAUAAGCAUUUAUUAGAGAAACAUAUGCAAUAUAUUAAUCGCAAUAUUUCAGGAUUAGGAAUUGAAGAUGAACGAGGAACGCCCAGCUUUACAGAUUGUCGAUUGGACGACACGUCGCUAGAGUUAGGAAGUUUAAAGCAAGUGCUGCAGGAACGGCACUUUGCCCCACCGCUUGCUCACUUGUCCAAUGCUCCUAAACCAUCGGAGGCGGAGGCUGAGUGGUCAACCCGGACAAAAUUACGGAGAUCUAUUUCAACAGAGAUAGAGAAGACGCUUCUUCCUUCAGCUACUGCUUCUGUUGAUGGUUUGCGAAGCGCUAUGGGAAUAACAUCAGUUGGUGGACCAGUGCCAAUAGAAUUGCUCAGUCCAACCGGUCAACAAAAUCGACCGAUCAAUAUUGUGAAUACGAAUCAACCACCUAUUCAAGUGCAAAUCAGCAUGACGCACAGUCAAACACCUCCGUCUUUACUGAGCAUAUCAGAAACGUCUGCGAUUCCAGAUUUAGAAUCAGAUCUCAGAGAAUUUCUAGAAAAUGAUCCUACAUGA